AUGCGAAACAUCCUGACUCUCUGUGUUCUUUACUUUUUUUUCACACUUCAGUUAGUGAUAUCCACACAAAUGUCUAUGAGAACCAUUAAAACUAUUCUUCCCGGUAUUGAACAGGCCGAGGGCGUUGGCGCUACAGUCAGACGCUCGAUUGGAAACAUGCAGAUGCGCAACUUCAGCCCAUUCCUUCUCUUCGAUCAUUUCUCCUCGAGCGGUGUGGGUGGAUUUCCAGAACAUCCUCACUUGGGUCAGGAGACCAUCACCCUUAUGCUCAAGGGUGCGUUUGCACAUGAAGACUUCACCGGUUCUCGCGGUGUCUUGAGAUCGGGAGACUUGCAAUUCAUGACUGCUGGUAGAGGCACUGUUCACAGUGAGAUGCCUGUUAUUCAUAAGGAUGGUUCCAAGAAUGUGGGCUUGCAGCUCUGGGUAGACUUGCCUGCAAAGCUCAAAGAAGUCGAACCACGCUAUAGAGACUUGAGGGAGUGGGAGGUGCCUGAGUAUACUGAGCAAGAUGGUAAAUUGAAGGUAAGAGUCAUCUCAGGUGAGAGUUACGGAGUGAAACUGGAUGCUGAACUUGCUUACACGCCCGUCAAGUACUACCAUUACAUCAUGAAGCCUGGCUCACAUUUUAAGCAGCUGGUUCCCUCAGACUACAACUUCUUCUUGUAUGUCUUGGAGGGCGACAAUUUGGUGCUCCAGAAUAAGACUGCAGUGAGUCAAUAUGACAAUGUUUUCUUCAAUGCCAAUGGAGACACAAUUGAAGGAGUAUACCCUGCAACCGAAUCAAAAGACCUUGAGUUUGUAUUGAUUGGUGGUCAAAUUUUGGACCAGAAGAUUGUCCAACACGGUCCUUUCGUUGCCAACUCUGCCGAAAGGAUAAACCAGGCUUUUGCCGACUACCGUAUGGCUAGAAAUGGCUUCUCACGACUCAGAUCCUGGAAGACCUUGAUAUCGGAUGGAGUGACAGACGAAAUGAUCGACAACGAGUUGGGAGGCUCACUCGAGGCAAGAGAAAAAAGCCGCCAAGAGUUCUUAGCUAGGAAGAGUGAGCUAGUCAAAGAUGAGUUGUGA